UGGUAUCCGGAAAUCACUCAUCAUGCUCCAAAUAUUCCCAUCAUCCUGGUUGGAACAAAACUUGAUCUUCGCGAAGACAAGGAAACCAUCAUUAAGCUUCGCCAGAAAUCUCAAUCACCUAUUACAUACCCUCAGGGACUUCAAAUGGCAAAGGAUAUUUCCGCCGUGAGAUACCUCGAAUGUUCGGCUCUUACCCAAAAGGGUUUGAAAAACGUAUUUGAUGAGGCUAUUCGCGCUGUUCUUUGUCCCGCCCCUGUACCAAAGCGCAAGAAGAAUUGUGUAAUUUUAUAA